UGUCUUUAAUACACAAUAAGUUUCGCAUCGUAGUUAAGUAAGUCGGUCGACAAUAACAGUGUUAACCUUAAUUGAGCAGACAUUAAUAUUACAAUAAUAUGUUACAGCUUGUAAUCCAGGCAUGUUUGGUUUAAACUGUGUCUUUCCCUGUCAUUGCCCACAAGGGAAAAAAUGUGGCAAUGUUCUGGCCGCUGCCCCGACGGUAUAUGUGCGCCUGGUUGGAAAAAACAUACCUGUAGUUUUGUUGAGAUCACAAUUAGCGAUAUGUCCUUGCUUUAUGGUUGUCGUUGGUGUUUACAAUAGUAUGUAGUGCAAGUAAAUAGUUUUCUUAUGAGUGAAAAAUUCAUAUAUGAAUUAGUUUUACAUUGAUUAACAGUGGAUAAACCUUUAAAACGCUCACUCAAUAUUAUUAUGUUUGACCAUGGUAAUACAACCAAGACAUGUUUUUCUUACGAAAUCUCCCCCCCCCCCCUCAUUUUAUUGCUUCUAUUUAAAGUUCAGGGUAACCACCAUCAACAGCAAUGGCUAAAGAGCUAAUUAUAUUUCUUAACAUACUAUUUUAAAGCCUGCAAUCAAGGGCUCUUUGGUGAGAACUGCUCCUAUGCAUGCAAUUGUAUCAACGGUUCAACUUGUGACCAUGUUUUGGGCCACUGUCCUGAUAAUCAAUGUGAACCUGGAUGGACUAAAAGUAACUGCAGCGUUGCGUGCGAUCCAGACAUGUUUGGUAAGAACUGCUCCUCCCGUUGUCAUUGCCUGCUCGGAGCAAGUUGUGACCAAAGUUCUGGUCACUGUCCGGGUAACCUAUGUGCACCUGGGUGGACUAGAAGCAACUGUAGCGUCGCCUGUGAUCAUGGCAUUUUCGGUAACAACUGCUCCUUCCCAUGCCAUUGCCUAUAUGGAGAAAGAUGUGACCAUGUUUCUGGCCACUGUCCUUUUGACCAAUGUGCGCCUGGAUUGACUCUUCGUAAUUGUAGCGCUGAAUGCGGCCAAGGCAUGUUUGGUAUAAACUGCUCCUCCCAGUGUAAUUGUCUACCCGGAGUAAGCUGUGAUCACAUCUCUGGCCACUGCUCAGAUGAUCAAUGUGCCCCUGGCUGGAGUAAUAGUAAUUGUAGCGUUGCAUGCAAUCAAGGGUUAUUUGGUUUGAACUGCUCCUCAGAGUGUCAUUGCCUACAUGGUGCCAACUGUAACCAUGUCUCCGGUAACUGCUCCGAUGAGCUAUGUGAGCCUGGGUGGACCAAUAGUAACUGUAGCGUUGCCUGCAACCCUGGUACUUUUGGUGCUAACUGCUCCUAUAUAUGUCAUUGUUUCAACAAUGAAAUAUGCCAUCAUAUUGAUGGUACCUGUCCCGUUAACCAAUGUGCAGCUGGAUGGACGCAUGACAAUUGUAGCGUAGCGUGCGAUAAAGGUUUAUUUGGUUUGAACUGCUCGUCAGAGUGUCAUUGCCUACACGGCACCAACUGUAACCAUGUCUCGGGCAAGUGUUCCGGUGAGAAAUGUGAGCCUGGGUGGACUAACAGUAACUGUAGCGUUGCCUGUACACCCGGCUUCUACGGACAAAGAUGCCUUAUGGACUGUCACUGUGACAAGUGUCAUCCCGUCAAUGGAUCGUGCGUAGGGUCUCUUCAAUGUCACGAUGGGUUUAGGAUGGAAAAUGGUUUCUGUACACCUUUUAGCCCAGAGUGUCAUACUGACAAGAAUUAUAACGCCUUAUUAGCUGUGUCUUCGGUCCUUGGAGUUGUUGUAGCGGCUGUAAUAGUAUUAAGUGUGCUGAUCAUCAGAUGGAAACAUUGCCAAUUUGUUGGAGAAACUCGUGCUAACAGAGAGUCGUCUUGUCACAAAAUGUACGACGACUUGGCACCAAAUUCAACGAACCGUAACUUCUAUGACUACCUGCAAAUGUCAUGAACAAAGAGGAACAACACUAUUUUACACCUACAUACAAAGUGGACAGUGCACAAAGAAUAGAAAAAGUAUAAUUAGCACAAGGCGAAGAAGACAACACGGUUUACCUUGGCACCUGACGAACAUACACAGUAAAUAAAGAACAAUUGAUACCCAUGUGGAGAAAGAUAACAUUUCAAUGCGUACAUCUGGAAAUAGAUUAUCAGUCCCCGCAUGACAGAAACAUAGGCAAACGAUGGCAAAACAGCCACCAAACAAUGAGUCAAGUGUCAUGAGAAUAUAUAUAUUCACGUUUGCGUUCAAAAUUCCACUAAAUAUGUUCUCUUGCUCUAUAAAUGUAUCGAUCAUCAAGGUUACUGUACCUAUCUGACUUUAUAAAUGUUGAAUCACUAUGGUAUAAUCAAACGGCAUGUACUACUGUACUUAUUUAACAAUACAAAAUCUAGCACAACUAUAUUAUAACGAACUUGUAUCACGUUUGAUGUAUAUUGCAGCAUCGGCUUAUUAAGUUCACACGUAUUGUUACAUACGUGACAUCUACAGAAACAUUUAUUUGUGUAUACUUCUUAUUAUCCAUUAAUAAAGAAAAUAAUUAACAACAUAAACAGUAACUAAUCAAUUUAUAUCUCAUAGCAUGUGAUUAUAAUUUAAAUACCAUGUUAGUACAAGUGUAUUGUUAUAAAAGAGUGUCAAUAUCAUGUUUGUAUCGAUGUAUGUAUAUAGAACGAGUUAAUGCAGGUAAUUGUGUGUAAUCAUAUGGUGUGUACAUAUUCAUAUUCUAUAUUCACAAGUUUACCAUAAGCACAUUUUUGGCGUUAUCUAUCAGGCUAUGUUCUUAGAAAUAUCGAUCAAUAUUGUUUGAGACGAAACUUGUUUACAUAAUGUCAUCAACAAGUGCGCCUUGAUAGCGCUCAUAGUUAUAUAGGUGUAAUGACAUUAUGUUAUUUGUCAUAACGAAUACUUUUUUUCAAUUUAUUCAAAAUAAUAUGUUAUACAAAUUUGAAUAUUAUGUCUCAAAAUACUUCUGUUUACUAUAUACAUUUACAUUGACCAAUAUCCUAACAUUAAACUAAUCAAACCAAUCAAAAUAAUUGCUGACCGAACUCAGUAUCAAUUGUUUGUCAAGUGCUUGUCCCUUGAGCAGUAUCAAUUGUUUAUCAAGUGCUUGUCCCUUGAGCCAUGCAUAAUGAUUAAAAGCAUGGAAGCAUUCAUUAUUUCUUCAAUGAUUGUUCUUACAUGAUAGUUUUGUUGAUUCAUGUUCGUUAAUUGUAGUUUCAUGGAGUUAUUAUUACUAAUUAGUUUUCAUUAUCAGUGUCAAUGCUUACCAGGCUCCCUUCUGGGGUAAAUAAUGUUGUUAGGUUUUUAAGAUAUUUACUAUGUUAUCAAGUAUUGCUAAUUUGUGUAAAGCAUUAAGUGUUUGCUUAAAUAUAUAAAGCGGCUGAAGAAUUCAUAACACAUAAUAAUUCUGAAUAAAUACAUGCAUUUUUAUUCAAUAAUAUAAGCAUAAUGCGUAUUACUAUUAGAGGCAAUAAAUAUAAUUCAUGCAACGAUAUCUUAGAUCAAUUUGAUUGUCUUAAUUUGUAAAUACUUAAGACGUAAUUUCUAUACAACAUAUGAAGUAUUGUUUGAUUUUUUUUGUAAACAAAUACAAACUAUUUUUUGUUUAAAAGACGACCUGAACGCUAUAUUCCAAUAUGCAAUUCUACACUUUUUGUCGAUGUAUGUCAUCUUAUCAUUGUUUCAUGUGCAUAUUAUUACCUUUUGUGUGUGUAUAUCAGGUCAUGUAUGAGUGUGCUUGUACGUGUUUGAGCACCUGCAUGACACUAAAGGACUUCAAUGUGUAUGAACACUAUCGAGUGAGCUAAGUGAGGUUGUCCUUCGAAUUUCUUGUGCAAAUGCUCUUUGUUUUCCAUAGCUGUUCAUCAAUACCCGUUAUUGAUCACAUGUCUACAUUAAAAACAAAUCAAUAUUCUCAUUUUACAUAAAAUAAAUAACUUAGGUGAGUGAUUUAGGGUCAUCUCGGCCCUCUUAUCAUGUCUUCGUUAGGUGUACAGUGAUAUAGGGUCAUCUCGGCCCUCUUAUAUCAUGUCUUCGUUAGGUGUACAGUGAUAUAGGGUCAUCUCGGCCCUCUUAUAUCAUGUCUUCGUUAGGUGUACAGUGAUAUAGGGUCAUCUCGGCCCUCUUAUAUCAUGUCUUUGUUAGGUGUACAGUGAUAUAGGGUCAUCUCGUCCCUCUUUUAUCAUGUAUUCGUUUGGCGCACACGAAAUAUAUGGACAUUGCUCUCUGAAAAACGGGUUGAAUGCAUGUUCGCAAGGUGUUGUCCCAGAUAAACCUGUGCAGUCCGCACAGGCGAAUCAGGGACAACACUUUCUGCUUUUAUGAUAUAUCUCGUUUGAAGUAAAACACGUCUUGGCAAAAACAAGUUAAGGGGGAAAGUGUCGUUCUGGAUUAGCCUGUGCGGACUGUACAGGCUAAUCUGGUACAGCACUUUACGCACUUGCAUUAAACCCCCUUUUCUCAGAGCACAGCCCAUAUUUAAAAUUAAAAAAAAACAUAGCGAAUCAGAUGCCUCUGUGAUGCAAUCGAUUGUAUUGCUUUCGCAAGAUAUUUACUUACCUAUCUGUUAACACGUUCAGGGUGUCAUUAUAUAGCAAUGGAAUGCAAAAACGUUUGUGUAACAUUUUAAUCAAUAUCUGACGACAUAUACUCCCAGGCCAUAAUCUGAACAAACUUGGUAAAGGACCACUGUACGGCAUCGUAUGGUACACCUCUACCAAGUAGUUAAAAAGUAACCCCGUGGUUCAAAUUUUCGCAAUCAUGGGCAUGUUUUGAACAUCUCCAUAUCAGUGAUAAAAACGUCUUAUCAGAAAUCAUCAUACUUAGAUAAAAAUUUACCCGAAAAGCAUAAUGCCAGCGAGUGUGGUGAAAGAAAGGGGUAUUGGGGCUAAGUGGUGAACUGUAUUGAUAAGACUGUCUCAGAAAAGUAUAUGCAUUUUUCGAACGCAUUAACUGCUAUUUUGAUAAAUAUGGCUUUGAAAUUAUAUAA